GGGCCGAGCCACGCCGCGCCCCCCGUUUCCUCCUCCCGCCGCCGCCGCCGCCGCCUCCGCCUCCCGCGGCGCCCGGCGAGCGACGGGGCUCGGCGGCUGGAGGGGGCGCAGGACUCGGAUGUUUUGUGGAAACUGGAAUUUUUACCUCGAACCGAAACGGGGGUUUUAGUAAGAGGCGAUGGAGCAAAGCGAUACGUGCCGAGUGUGAGGAACCUGGGGCAAAACCCCAAAGCGGAAUGAGCAUUACGCAGAAAGAAGUGGUUUUGGCUGAUUAUGUUUGCCGUUAACGCUCUCUAAUGAAGCAGACCGGAGCCCCAUCCUGCGAACAGCCAUCUUCUCCUGCCGAACCGCAUUUACAGUCGCCGGCUGCCAUACAGAAUUAGUUCCAGCAUCGUGACUUUUCCAUCAUGUCAGAACCCAUCACGCUCAAUGUUGGAGGAAAACUCUAUACCACCUCUCUGUCCACCCUGACUAGCUUUCCAGACUCCAUGCUGGGGGCCAUGUUUAGUGGGAAGAUCCCAACCAAGAAGGACAGCCAAGGCAACUGCUUUAUCGACAGAGAUGGCAAAAUCUUCCGUUAUAUCCUGAACUUCUUACGAACUUCUCACUUGGACCUCCCUGAAGACUUUCAGGAAAUGGGCUUACUUCGACGGGAGGUAGAUUUUUAUCAAAUUCAGCCACUGAUUGAGGCCUUGCAGGAGAAGGAGGUGGAGCUUUCUAAAGCGGAGAAGAAUGCCAUGCUCAACAUCACCCUCGAUCAGAAGACCCAGACUGUUCACUUCACUGUCCGAGAAGCACCCCAGAUCUACAGCCUGUCUUCCUCCAACAUGGAAGUGUUCAGUGCUCAUAUCUUCUCCACGUCAUGUCUGUUCCUGAAGCUUCUUGGUUCCAAACUUUACUAUUGCUUCAACGGAAACCUCUCUUCAAUAUCCAGCUACCUGCAGGACCCCAACCAUUUGACCUUGGAUUGGGUUGCAAGUGUGGAAGGCCUUCCAGAAGAGGAGUACACCAGGCAGAACUUAAAGAGACUCUGGGUGGUGCCAGAUAAUAAGCAAAUCAAUAGUUUCCAGGUGUUUGUGGAAGAAGUGCUAAAAAUAGCCAUGAGUGAUGGUUUCUGCAUAGAUUCUUCUCAUCCACAUACUUCAGAUUUCAUGAAUAAUAAGAUUAUUCGCCUAAUUCGGUACAAGUAGGAAUGGCUGUUUAUUAUGGUGCCAGCAUGAAGAUAACACAGGUUAAGUGUUUCCCUUUAAAACACACUUACAGCCUAAUUCAGAAUCAUGCUUAUCUGGAUUAAGAGUCACUAACAGGGAGAUGAUUUUCCUUUAAUGUAUUUACCAAUAUGACCUUUCAGAAUAUGUCCAUAUUCUAGACGGAAGGAAUAUUGUCCAGCGCCUGAAUUAAGGAUUGGUUCUGUCUCUGCCUCCACCUCUGACCUGCUGUACAAUUGUGGGGAAAAUCACUUAACUUCUGUCCUUCUUACAUUUUCCAGUUGGAAAAUGGGCGUGAUCCUUAACCUAUAUUGCAAGGGUGAUGUGAGGGUUCAGUAAUCAAGGUUUGGAAGGCUUUCUGGAGAUCAGAUGCGGUGAAAGAUGCCAUGGAGCUCCAGCACAGAGGACAGCCCAGGGGGCACAUUUUUCAAUGUCUUGCCAUAUCACUUGUGCAGAGCAUCAAGAAGCUUGGUUGGAUCCACAGAGAAGAAGCCUCCCCACAUGCACGCGCUCAAAAUAACUGUAAAGGAUGGUGCAAACCACAAAUGAGUAAGGGAUCCUGUCUGUUUCAGUUCAACAAAGGAUUUCUGUCACCAUCUGAAGCUGACUCUUUAUUUUCUGAACCCUGUGAGGAAGACCUUGCUCUGUUCUGCUGUCAGGAAAGCCAUGUUUGAAUGAUGUGACUGGCACGGGGAACGACCAAGGAACCCAUAGCAGAUAGAAUGGUGUUCGUAAAAACCGAGGAGAUUGUGACUGGUGCGGAACUUUGCUUUGAAUGCUCUGAAACAUUUACAUUCCAAAGGCAGCCAAGACAACUUGUCCUUUUCUUUCUCUUACAAUGUUGUAUUUGUCUGGAGGAUGCUGCUGAAAACACUUUCUUAGCUGGAGACAUUAGGAGGGCAGAGGUCCCCAAAUACCUUCUGAAUGUUUGAGUCUCUUCUCCCUGGGUAUGGCCUUCUUUUGGGCACGUCUCUCUUCAGCAGUGCCUGGAGUGCAUGGGAUGCUCUCUGGGUAGGACAGAUUCCAUCUGAAAAGACAAAUUUUCCCAUCAGGUUACACCUAGUAUUUUUCAUUACAGAACCAGAGGCUUGCCUUUCCUAUCCCAGUGCAUUGAGCCAUUUUUUUUACGUCAUCGUGAAGUGGUCAGGUCACUAAGGUAGCAUUUUAUCCGCUUGCUUGGCUUCAGUGUCAGAUUGUCGGAGGUAAGGCAGUGGGAAACCAGAGGUGAUGACAAUGGUCAAGCGCUUUCUUACACACACAGUCUGUGCUACAAUGAAGAGCAUAAUCCACUAGCUGUGUAUUAGCUCUAAACACCAUUUGUGCCACAUUGAAGGUGGUUCAUCCUCAGCUAAUUAUGUUUAAAAGUAUCUUAGCUGUCUUUCCCUAACCAGAUUGCUACGUGUGCAUGAGAGACCCUCUGGAACGUUUCCCACUGUCACUAGUGAGAUAGAAGGGAAAAUGCAAUAACCAAGUUUUGUGUUUAGAAUUCUAGUGCUUCCAAAAGUUCUUAGCACUUGGCUGCAAAGCUCAGUAUUGCUCACGUUGUAACGAGUUUCCCAAAGUAACUAGUCUGUCAUUACAUUAAGCUGACCUGUGAACAAGCAGAAAGAAGCGUUUUGUUACUGUUGUAAAAUACAGCGAGAUAAAUAUA